GCAGAUGACUUUGUUGUAGAGCAAUGCCUUCAAAGUCAAGUAUGUCACCAUUUCAUCAAUGGACUGCUGUCUUAACUGGCCUGGCUGCCUUGAUAACUUAUGCCUGUGGGUCAUGCUCCUGGCACAUAGAUGUUGUACGAUCAGAGUUCCCAUAUAUAUUUGAACCAAUAGUUCAAAAGAAAUUAACUCAUAUAGUAGUGGAUUAUCAAGAAGUACAAAUAAGAAGCUUUUCAGCAGAAGAGGUGGAGCCACACAUGUACCCAUAUUUUGUGCGAGUACAAAUUGAGUGUAAUGGAGUAACCAGUUCGAGUACAAUAGAGGCUUUACUGUCAGCUGGAUCCUAUCCUCGAAUCAAGUUAUCAUUCGAUUCCCUACAAGAUCAGAGUCUCUCGUACCACACCUGGACUGAUUAUGUAUUUGAGGGUGCCCUUGUUGACAUGGAUCCAGAUUGUGAUGUUGGAUUUUGCAGACCCGUUUGGCUGGUUCCCUUGCCAACAAAUGACAAGUACCUGAUAAUACAUGUCCGUGUAGAAACUGUAGGCUCUGUCAAAGCUGUCGCCACAUCUCGGCGGACGAUAACAUUAGAUGGAUACAGUGAGCGUGUGUCAGAAAACUCUUCAUACGUCCAGACUAGAAUUGGAGCUGAUACAGAUCUAUCAGGGUUGGGAUUUUUUGAAAAUGAGAUCCACCAGAUACUUCCAGUUCACACUGUCAGAGGUGUCACACCUAUACAAUCCAUGGCAGGAUUUGUUAAGAGACCAAUCACUCUAAAGAGCUCUGACUUCUUCCGACAUUAUGGGGUAGUAGAAGUUGCCCUGGGUGAUGAAGCACCAACUUGUCUCAUAGGACCACCCAUCAAAGAAUCUGCCACCUUCCCUGACAAAAUCGUCCUUAGCACUGCUUGGGGACUCUUUGAAAUGUUUGCAGCGCACUAUGCCACCAACAAGGCAGAUAUUGGUAUCUAUCAUCCCAUCCAACUUGAUCAGUGUAUACACCACCUGAUAGUGCCCUCACAUGGUAGGCAAGGACCAAGGUUUUUGUCUGUUGGUAACGAUGGCAAAAAGCUUUACAGUUCUAAUCUUGAAUUUGGUGCUCGUACACAACUAGAACAACUGGUAGAUUCCAGUGGUAACAGUGCAUGUGAUCAGAUUGCAUCAGGUCAAUCAUCUUGUUUUAUUAUUGAUGCUGCAUUUGGAAAUAUUGAUAUGGAAUCGACUUAUGUUUUGGUAAAGAUUGUGGAACAAGAAAUGACUACAGAGUAUCAUUUACUCAAACUGUCUGGGUAUGGCAAAUGGAAUCUGGUUCGAUCAUUGGAUGCUAACCUUACAAUUCCACAUGCUGUGUCAGGAAUAGACAGAGAAUGGAUUGAUGUUGGUGGGCUGAGCAAAUGUGAUAUUCACCAUGACGAGCAUGAUGGUACCUGUAUGACUGUAAGCCUAACUGGAUUGACCUUCAGUGGCUAUGUCUCUAAGCAUCUCUUCUUUUGGGGGAACAGCAUUUUACACAGUCCUGACAAUGGAAAGACAGUAUAUGUCCUGCUGGAAUACACAUCUGAUUCUGCAAUCUCAAUCUUUGUAGUUGGCAAAGAUCCUUCAUUUGCUUUACUCAACGAAGAUCAGGAGAUCUGGUAUGGUGAGAUUGGAGACAAUGUUUAUCUUAAGAAGCUGAGGCCGUCUCCUGGCUGGGGUAGAAUGCUUCGACUCACUGGCCAACAGCUUGCAGACCCCUCUCAUGACGUGUUUGUCACAAUCUCUGUCUACUAUGAUGCGUGGGGUACUCUUUAUGAGUUCAUUGCCUAUAGGAGCUCAAAUGAGACGGACCUAAUGAGAAGGAGAAUUGAUCCUGGUGAAAUACUUGCAAACAGUAUGUAUGCGUAUGCUGCGGUAGAGCUAGAGCAUGAUCACGAGGGCGGAGGAGGAGGUCACGGUGGUGGAGGAGAUCAUGGUGGAGGAGGUCAUGGUGGUGGUCAUGGAGAAGAAGAAGAAGAAGAAGAGGGAGAUCAUCAUGGAGAAGAGGAAGAAGAAGAGGGGGAUCAUCAUGGAGAAGAGGAAGAGGAGGAGGAGGAACAUCAUGGAGAAGAAGAGGAGGAAGAAGAAGAAGAGGAACAUCAUGGAGAAGAAGAGGAGGAAGAAGAAGAGGAGGAGGAACAUCAUGGAGAAGAGGAGGAAGAAGAAGAGGGGGAGGAACAUGGAGAAGAGGAAGAAGAAGAGGAGGAGGGACAUCAUGGAGAAGAAGAGGAGGAAGAAGAAGAAGAGGAACAUCAUGGAGAAGAAGAGGAGGAAGAAGAAGAAGAUGAGGAACAUCAUGGAGAAGAAGAGGAGGAAGAAGAAGAGGAGGAGGAACAUCAUGGAGAAGAAGAGGAGGAAGAAGAAGAGGGGGAGGAACAUCAUGGAGAAGAAGAAGAAGAGGAGGAGGAGGAACAUCAUGGAGAAGAAGAGGAGGAAGAAGAAGAGGAGGAUCAUCAUGGAGAGGAAGAAGAGGAAGAAGAAGAGGAUCAUCAUGGAGAGGAAGAAGAGGAAGAAGAGGAGGAUCAUCAUGGAGAAGAGGAGGAAGAGGAGGAGGAUCAUCAUGGAGAAGAAGAGGGAGGUCAUGAAGAGGAGGAGGGUCAUGAUGAAGGAGACGAUGAGGGGAGAAUGUCACCUUUAUUAGAAUAUGAAUGCCCAUACAGUCAAGUCAACUUUGAAAAUCUGGGAAGCUUUCUAUUUGAGCGUAGAGAAAGAUAUUAUCUCGCUGCACCCCAGUUGGCAGAGAGCAACAGGCAUACAGAGAAAUCACUAAUGAUCUACCAAGUUAUUGUGCAUCACCUGCUGGAACAAAAAGAUGACCUUCAGACAGUCAAGGACAAUGAAAUUGCUGAAGUCUCCCACAAUCCCUUUCGCAGGUGGUAUGGAGAAACAGACACAUAUCGUGACUUUCAUCAGUAUCUUUUCCGAAAUAAAGACAUGGAAUCAAGCAUCCAUAUUGAUCCUUAUGCUUACCACUUGCAGCCAUAUGGAAACACUCCAGAGGACACCAAAACACUUCCAUCUACCAUUUACCUCGACAAAAAUGAAAUUUUUGAAUUUGCCAUCUCUUUGGAAAUUAGUAUCAGUCAUGGCAGUGUAGAUAUUGAGAACCUACAAGCUCUUGUUGAAGUGUCCAAUGAUGAACUUCUUGGAAUUGAUGCACAUUUCUUCAAGUAUAAAUUAAACAACACAAUCAGAUAUGAGGUAACUUUGUAUGAUAAGGGUGCCUUGGAGUUUCAGGCAGGGCCAGGUGUAGAUCUCUACCCAGCCUCCAUGCUUAUACAUGUAUGGCAUUCAACAUUCUCAUGUUUUAUCAAGGAAGGGGAUAUCUUCAAACCAGAGGGUAUCUAUACAAUGGAUGUAAUGCUUGGUUGCCCACCAGGGAGAAAGCUAGUCUUCGAUCUUCAAACCAGCAUUGACAUUCUUGAGAAGCGAUUUUAUUAUGACUGUCCCAUCACCACUGAAAACAGACCUUGUCUCCAUUAUCAUGAUGUAUUCCGACCAAUGUUCAAGGUAGUGGAUUUCACAACAGGAGAAGCUAGUCUCUUCACCGGUCAAUACACACUGAAAGUGCUGGGUGGGAGUGAUCUAAGUGAAAAGGAUAUUGUUUUAUUUACACCGGAGCAGCAGCAAAAAUUUAAUGACUUAGACAUAAACGGAGCACGCAUAUGGCAGCCAGUGGACAUGGAGAGCAUAAUAAACGACUCUACCCCUGUGUACUCUCAUCAAAGUAACUCUAUACAGUGGAUCUGCCAAAGGGGAUCACCUUGCUCUGAUGUGUUCCCUUCCAGCAAACGUCUUUACAGUCCUGAGUAUUACUUUCUCAUUGAGAUGACCAAUUAUAGAGUCGAUACGGAUUCCACCUACUGCCAGUAUGAUCUGCAGUUUGUUGUGCAUGUACAUGGCAUGGCUAUUGGUAGCAAGAGUGCAGUUAUUAUUGUUGUGUGGUCCUUCGUAGGAACUAUACUGGCGGUGGGUGUUUUCAUUGCAUGCAACUUCAAUGAAAGGUGGUUGUGGCAUAGCUUGACAUCACCCUGCACUGGGCAUGAACACCCAAGCAAGGUGGUACCAGUCAGCAGUGAUUCCUCAGAGGAGGUUGAACUAGCGGUCCACUAUCAAGAAGGUUCAGAAGAAAGGCCAACUGGUUUUUCCACAACAAGUACUGUCAUUGAAAGCUUAGUAAGGAAUGAUGAAGAUUAUCAUGGAUUUCCUCCAGAUGAAUGUAAUGAGCCUCAAUAUGCAGGAAGGACAGACUCAUCAACACACACAUCAGGAAGCCUUCACCAUCGCUCUGUCUCAAAUAUUACACAUCAAUCAAAAACAUGAUGUCCAGUUUUGUAAAUGCCUUUUUGCUACUCAAGGUGAGAGAUGAAAGUGCUUUAUAUGUAAGCAGGAUCUCAUGUAAUGUCAUAUUGAUAACAGAACUGUCAUAUCUUCUGAGUGCAGAGGACUUUUCUAGAAGUCUGAUGACAACUUAUAGAAAUGGGAGUUGUAACCUUUGUUAGUGAUCAUCAGUGUAAUGUCUAUGAAGGCCUCAAGAUUUAAAGUAUUCAUCAUUGAAAAUGUAUCACAAGAGCCUUCAUAAGAACCACCCACCCUUGCCUUUUGCGUCCUUUUAAAGGCUUCACUGUAAUUCAUUGUGGUUAAUUAUUGCUUAUCCUAGGCAAUAAUCUUAUAGUUUGGAAAAAUUGGCCCUUAAUUUGUCUGGAUGUCUUAAUGAUAAUAAUAAAAAAUUAUUAAGGCACUACCAAAUUUUGCCAAUAUUUUCCUGACAAUUACCUCUGUCAAAAUGUUUGCACGUGAUACAAAUUCUUAAUACAUUCUCCCAUGAAUAAUGAAUAUCAAGUUUAAUAUAGUAAGAUUGGUUUUCUUGAUAAAGCAGUCCACAUGAAAUUGCCAAUGUGAAGAUCAUCAUCAUUCUGUAUGAAAUUGUAAAUUUUCAUCAUCAUAAAACAUCUUGUCAUCCUUAGAAAUUAAAAAUGUUGCAAUAGAGUCAUACGUGAAUGUGUCAAUUGAUACUGCCCUGUUCAUUGGCCCCAAAAGAAAGAAAAAAAUUCACAUUCUGUCAAUUUCAACACAAUUUAAAGAGUUUCUCAUCUUUAAACUUUAGUCACAUGAUCUGUUGUACAUGCCAGUAGGCUUAAUUUGCCAGCAUUCAUUGCAAAUUAUUGUAAAACUAUCCACAACGAACUAGUGCAAAAAUUCACACUGCCAACAUUUAUGAAAAGGCCUUUGUGCAGAUAACUUGCCCUUUUGCCACAAGAAAACCAAAUUGCAUCAUUAAAAAUUAAAUCCAUUUUAUCUGUUGUGAAAAUCAAUUCUGGAAAAUAGCUUAGUACAUUAAACAAAUAAUCAUGCCAGGUACCCAUUCUCCUCAUAUGAAGAAAUUGGUGCCAUAUUCGUGUUUGAAACUGCCACAGAUGAAUUUAAUAGAACAUUAAGUGACUUCAUCCUGAAAUAAUGGAACCUUGAUCCACUAUGACCAUUGUUACUCCAUAGAUAUCUUCUUGCCACUUAUUUAACAGAUUUCAUUUGAUGUUCUUAUAUUGGUAUUAAUUGUAUCACUACAUUGUCAUUAUAUGCUAUUAAUCCUUGUAAAUUUCAAGCCACUGGCUUUUCUAGGGUGUUUGAUGCUGACAUUUUAUGAUGUAAAUAUUUCCUCCCAUAAUUUUUACCUAAUAAAUAAAUUGUUGUAAAUUAAGACCUGGGUUUAAUGCAGCACAGUUUAGAUACAGACAGUAGUGUUAAGUAUAUUAGUCCAUUCAUUAAAACAUGCUAAUGGGGGGGGGGGGGGGUUGAAUCAGCACCCCCCUCGACAUUUCUGGGACCAUUCCUCUGCGUGAAAUUUUUUUUGAUAAGUACGCAACAUUACGUAAGUGCAUGUCAGACCAAAAAUUUUAUGUACAAAGUCAAUGUAAAUUGAGUUUUCUCACCUUAUUCAUAAAGAUAUGAUUAUUUUUAAUUUGAUUUUAGCAUAAUUAUGAUUGAUUCGCCCCCCCCCCCCCGGCAUUUUGUAUAUUUCUAAUAAUAUAAUAAAAAGAAUGAUAUUAUCCGAGAUUCAGAAUAAGAAUAUUAUAAAAAUCAUUAUAAAUGGCAAUCGUUUGAAAAUUGUAGUCAAUUUUACCAUUGCUAUGACGUCAUAAUCAUUACAAUAUUAUGAGUCACAUUUCACUUUUAUAGCUAUGAGAAGAAAAGAAAAGGCAUUAAUUAAGCCUGAAGUGUUCAUAUGAUUCAGAAUUUGGACUGUAGUACAUCCCAUGUUAAGUGUUCAUAUCAAAUCAGGUCAUAGACCAAUCAUAAACAGUGUGGUGGCCAUUAGUUACUACCUACAUAAGAAACAUGUACAUACAGUGGGCUGUUUCAUAAAGCUGUUCGUAAGUUUAAAAUGACUUCACGCACAACUCCUGACCCUUUCUUGUGCUAAGCGAUAUAUCCUUAUGUAAUUUAUGUAGGACCUAAAAACAUGUAAUAGUCGUGCAUAACUUUACAAACAGCUUUAUGAAACACCCACCCAGCUUUAUAUCAUGCACAAUAUGAUCUGAUUAUGAAUGAAUUCAUCUUUCAAGAACUGUUUAAUGAAUGAUUUUAUUUUUUGUUAUUUCAUGGGACUCAAUGUGCCAUGUUGUGUUAUCGAUGAACUAAAAUACAUGUUGUUUUGCCAAAAGUCAAUUAGUUUAGGACAAGAGAAAUCUGUUAUGCAUAAUUUGGUCUAAAAGAAAUUAUGAGACUUGAGUGAAUAUUCAACUAAUCAAGUUGUAUUUGAAAUAUAUUCAGCAUAUAGUCCACAUGACAAUGUCAAGCACUACCUCAAAAGUGUGAAUGAAAUUUAACUGCUAGUACACCAACUGUUUGGAUUAUGAACAACAAAAUGGUAGCUUUAGCCAUCAGUUAUUAUACAUGUGUGUAGUUGAUGGCUUUGGUGUAAAUAUGUGAAUAUAUGUACAGAUUUUUACCAAAAGAAAAUGUUAUCUAACCGUAAAAAUUA